UCGCGACCGCCUACCUUCGAAAGUCCGUCUAUGGACUUUCGGAAUUGCUGAUCAUUUCGACAACAACCCUUGACGGUAAUCCACGUGGUGAGUGGUUGUGAUGUGUAGUGCCGGCCACGUGUUGUGAUAUUUCGCAAACCGAUCGACGCGGCUUGAUCGCGUCUUCAUCCGACACCACGGCGUCUCCUGUAGCCAUGACACAGCAUAGUGACGCGUCCAGCGAUCGUUCUGAGGUGUCUAUAUCACCGCCACCACCGGUGUCAAAAAUGUUGGAAUUUGCUAGUCAACAAAAUCUUAAUUUUCUAAACUUGGAGCACCGAAAUAUGUUAGCGGCACCGUUAGCCGCCCUUCAUUCUAUGACCGAAAUGAAAGUUCAUCAACAGCCACAUAUGAGCCCAUCAGACCACCAAAUGCUGCUUCAGGACAAACACGACGUCGACGUUUUGCUGGAGCGUACAAGUGUGCACGUAGAACGCUCCGGCUUGUCUUCACGUAGUCCGUUAGGAGCAACCGUGAAUACUAAUUCACAAGGAGCAAAUCCACACGGUAUUGAUCAUAUAUUAUCAAGACCGUCACAAAUUACGACGGGAAAUUUUCAUUUCCCGCACAACCUGAGCUUUCCGCAAAACGCAUUAAGUAUGGCAUCGAACAGUUCACAAACCGCAACCAAUUCCGGACUUCGAGGCUUCAAUAUCGCAGCCGCCGCUUUCUUUCAUCAUCACGCAGCGAAUUCUGUUAAUAAACCUGUGGAAUUAGGCAGAAAUACAGCGGGAAUAUAUUGGCCGGGAUUUCAAGGACUCGUUGCAAAUCCUAUGGCAUGGAGAGAGCGCCUUAAUCUUAAUUCUAUGAAUCAAGGAGGACUGGGAGGAGUAGGACCAGAUAAAGAUGCAAAGAAAAAGCACACGCGACCUACCUUUUCCGGUCAACAAAUAUUUGCAUUAGAAAAAACCUUUGAACAAACGAAAUAUUUAGCCGGUCCUGAACGUGCCAAACUUGCAUACGCCUUGGGAAUGACGGAGUCUCAAGUGAAGGUUUGGUUCCAAAACAGACGAACGAAGUGGAGGAAAAAACACGCGGCAGAAAUGGCAACGGCAAAAAGAAAACAAGAGGUACUUGAUAAUCAAACCGACGAAAAUAGUGACGUCAUUUCUGAUACCGACGAGGAACAUUCGGCCAAAAGACAAAAUAUUCAGUGAGUGUGUGACUUUGUACAUAUUCUUAUUAAUAUAAACUUUGUACAUACGGUUUAGUGAUCUCGGUGUUUGUGCGGACUACAAUUUUAGCGCAAACAGGACAUUGUUGCAGUCCAACUUGUAAAAAUGUUAUAUAACUACAUAAAAGAUAUAUGUAUACGCAUAUAUAAAUUUUUAGUCCAGUCAUCAAAGCUUCAAUGUGAAUAUGAUCACAUGAUUUAUAUACAACUUUUAAAAAGGCUUAGUGAAAAACAGGUUACGUAAGUCUAUCUAAUUUCGCACUAUUGAAAUGAAAAAACAGACAAAACGUUUUCCUUCCCAUUAGUAUCUGUAUAGAGUUAAUGUUUGGGUAGAUAUCGUUUAGGUAACUGUUAUCGUUAAUUUCACCACGAAGUCUGGAUUAGUAGCCAUCAUUUGUCAUUUUUAUCCAUUGGCCUAAAACAGCUUUCUAUAAGAAGAAUAUUUUGAGCAAAAGUAAUUCAAUUUGUGCGUUUAGUUUUUGGCCCCAAUACAUUAUUUGAGAACCAAUAAGGCAUCAAAUCAUUUUAUAUUUGUAGUGUAACCCAGCAUCACCGAAAUUAAAGCAUCGCAAUUUACCAUAGUAGCACAGUUACAGAAUCAGAGUCAUUGGUUGCUUUGACAUUUUUAGGCGAUAUUUGUUUAUAAUUCCGUUAACCAAGUGAGAUAAAUGUCCAUUGCAGGUAAGUGUUUAGGCUUCCCUGGUAAAUUAUAAACAAAUACCGCUGAUCACAAAUGAAGAAGUCGACGAAGAAAAUGUCUCCACUGUUAACCAAGGAGAAGGCAUUCGAACGUUUCCGUAUUGGUUAUAUUUGACUACAAAUGUACCACACUGCCAUCCUGAAGUACUGGUGCAAUCGUUUUUCGUAUAGACUUUCACACGUGCUACACUGGCAAAUAAAACUAAUAAUAACUACAGCAGGCGUUUCAUUAGGAGGCAUCAAUUCUACAUAUUUUGCUGCUUGCUGAUGAUCGCACUGCAUUUGUUCGCCGUCUGUGGUUUUUAAUGUUCUUCGUAUAUGAAUCAUAUUAAAUGAUGACAGGGGGUUGCAGUUGCAGUACAAUAUUUGCUGAUUUAGUGAUCAAAAUUGGAUUCAGAUCACUCAUACAAAGUAUCUGAGUGUGAACUGUGCAAUGAAAUGGGUCGAAAGUAAAUAAAAUAACCACAAAUACGCCACCACGGAAAUAACAUAUUAAAUUUGCAUUGUGGCCAAUAACGAUCGUAACCAAUUCGAAAAAGCUUUCUAGUCGUAUCCCAAAAGCUGUAUAUUCUUGGCUGAUUUGGAAAAAAAGCAACUAAUGAUGAUGCAAAGCAAUAAUAGGUAUUUUUAUAUCGUGGACAUAUUUUAUGAUUAAUAGAGUAGGUUUCCGAAAUUGGUUUGAUAUUUCGCACCCUCAUUUUAUAUUUAUAAUUCCCGUUCGUCUGUUAAUUCAUUUUGAUGAGUUUUACGACAGCCUUUGCUUGAAUGGACUAACUGAUUGCAUUUGUAUAUUUUUGUUAAUAUUUAUUUAAUCUGUGAAAAAUUAUUUUUACCAAAUUUAUGUGAACAAAAUGAAUGCCAUUAUUAUAAUUAUGUUUAAGUUCGGUUUCUCGCAGCUGCUUCAUUAUUAGGGUAUAACAAAUACAGUUGUCCCCAGCGUAUUGUUCAUUUUGCAGCUCAUAAGCCGUUCAGGGUUGCGUCGUUUAGAUGCGUAUGUAAAGAAACACUCGUGCAAUCUAUUGUAGUCUCGGCAUUUUGCAUCUAACUUAUGUAUAUUACUGACAAAAACCACACACCCAAAAAUGUAUUUGUAAUAUCUAAAAAUAAAAAUGUUCUAAGAGGAA